AUGGCUUUCUCGUGCUGUGGCGCCUCCCCUCCGCGGUGUCUGCUCGUGCCGCUCCUGCUCCUCUCCCUCGGCGUCUUGCGGAUCCACGCGCGCCACGGCCCCGAGAUAGCCGUUGCGGACGCUCAGCCGCGUUCCCGCAGCAUUCGCGGCGGGGAUGCCGCAAAUCCCCACCAGCAGUUCGACUCGCAAUCACCCGAGGUAGUAGUACUGCCGCAGUACACCACCGGCGCGGAGAGCGACGGCGCGGAGUCGAUUGCGGAGUGGAAGCGACGAUCAGCGGAAGCGGGCGCGCACUUCUUCCCCCUGCAGCGCGCGGAAGACGCCCCCAGCAGGGACGAGCUGCACCGCCGGAUUCUCUUCGGAGAGGGGUAUUAUCUGCCAAUGGUGAACUACGACAGCACGCUGCUCUCAACGGCCAACGGCACAAUGGGCAACACCAUGGUCAACUACAGCACCACCAUCGACGACAACCAGAUCCGCCUCCCGUAUGCGCCGCGCCGCACCGUGCUCCUCUCGCCGCAUCUCGAUCGCUGCAUUAGCCUCGCUGCACCCCUUCGACCUCCCUCCUCUGUGACCUUUCGUCCCUUUCUGCCCUUCCUCCCCUCACCCCCCUUCCCCACCCACCGUCGCUCGUGUGCCCCCACCAGCGUAUAUCCGUACUACGUGGCGCUCAAGCUGGGGUCGAGGAAGCAGGUGUUCAGCAUGGCGCUCAACCUCGUUGUCCCCGACACCUUCGUCCCCUGCGACUGCCUGCACUGCGGCUCCAUGCGCAAGGGGUGUACCCCCUUCUGCUUACUCCCUUCUGCUUACUCCCUUCUGCUUACUCCCUUCUGCUUACUCCCUUCUGCUUACACUCUCUUGAAGGCCGACCGAAGCCCGCCUCACCUAAUGACUACAGCAAGCCGUUCCCCUCUAGCCUCGUCUCACGUUUCCCUCCUUCCCUUCCCCUGCCCCCCUCCCCCUCUCCCUCUCCCUCUCCCUCUCCCUCUCCCUCUCCCUCUCCCUCUCCCUCUCCCUCCCCCUCUCCCUCUCCCUCCCCCUCGUCUCGCCGCGCAGACCACGAACAGCAAGCCCUUCAGCACGCUCUCCUCCACAACCCUCAAGUACAUCUCCUGCAGCGACCAGCGCUGCCAGGUGGGCGCCGGUUUCUAUGGCUGCAACACGGAGGGGCUCCCCAACUACAUCAACAUCACGGGCCUGCUGCCUGGGGACGACGCUCUCUGCGUGUACGAUGCAAACGAUGGAGUCUACGACUACUACGAAGCUGAUGCUGAUGCGGAAUCGUACAUUCGGACGGUGGGGCAUGUGGUGGAGGACACUGUCUACCUCACUGCACCUGAUGGUACCGAAGCCAACAGAUCCAUCAUUUUUGGCUGUGGAGUGAACCAGCAAGGCUACUGGGGCAUGCAGGGGUGGCAGUACGGCUCGUGGGCAGCAGGAGGCGUGCUGGGGCUGGGGUUGAGCAGCCCCUUCCUCUGGCAGCUCACUGGCCUCAAUGACCCAAACUCCUUCGCCGUGUGUCUGGAAGAGCCCACGCUGUCGAACAAGACGGGGGGGGAUGGCAAGGUGCCGCUGCAGACAGGCAGCAGCCAUCUCACCAUCGGAGCCACCGGCCUCCCUGCCGGCGCCAGCUACGCCACCAUGGCCAGUGAGGCGUGGGCCGGCAUGCAGUACAGCCACAUCACACUCACCACGCCCAAGCGCGCCCUCAACAUCACAGACGACCCGGACUACAUAGACACCACCGCCACACCCUACGUGCCUGAGGGCUUUCCUAAGAACGCCACGCCGGGCUUCUUGUUCAUGCCCGAGUCCUUCGUGCAUCUCCUGCGCUACCCUCUCUUCAUGACCCUUAUCCAAGGGCUCCGAGACAUGACAGGGCACACCAUUUCCACGCCGACAGAUACUGUUUAUCGGCUUCCAUGCUUCAGCAACAAGAACAAGGCGGAUGAUCCGUUCACCACCUUCCCCACCAUUGACAUUGCUUUCCUCUCGCCAGACAACACCACCUCCCACUUCUAUCUCAAGCCGCGCGAGUACCUCACGAAUCCGGGGCUGCUCGGCAAGUAUCUCUUUAUCGACCAGACCAACGGGAUUGGAGGAUGGAUGGAUUCCCCUCACUGUGGAACCGAGCCUCUGCUGCCGCCACCCUCCCCUCCACCACCCUCGCCUGUUUCCAAAGGGGCCACCCAUUCCCUCUCCUCGCUGCCAGCACCACUCUCAGCUGCCUUUGUCCUUGCCACCUCCGCCGCCCUGCUUGCUCUCACUCUCCUCUAG